UUAAUUAUUUCAAAAUUCAACCAUUUCUCUUUUUAUAAAUUUCCAAUCUUUGAAUAUUUUUAUUAUUAUAAUUAUCAAGUUGUGAAUUUUAUUAUAAAUUUAUAAAAAUGGAAUGCAAUCUAGAGCUUGCCCUUCAACCAUCAUCUUCAAGUUCUACACAUAAGCAAGGGGGAUGUAAUGGAGAAAAUGGAAGCCAACAGAAACAGAUCACAAUCUUCUACAAUGGAAAAAUUUGUGUCUGCGAUGUCACAGAGUUUCAGGCGAGAAGUAUUAUCAAUUUAGCAAGUAGGAAAGCAGAAGGAAUGUGUACAUCACCUACCUCCAGAGGCGGAGAUGGUUGCGGUGGCAGUGGUGGUGGUGGCAGAGCGGAAACCAUCUCACCAACAACGUCGUUCCAAACACAACAAAUGUAUACUCAAAAUGGUGUUUCCAUGAAAAAAGCAUUACGAAAAUUUUUAGAAAAGAGAAAGUAUAGGGUUCAAGCUACUUCUCCUUACCACCGUUAGUGUGUCCAUUGGUCGAUCUGUAAUCAAAGAAAACAUAAGGAAAUUUAAGUUUAGUCAAAGUGUAACAAGAAACAAAUUGAAGCUCAAAUGAUGAUUCAAUCGUUCAAAGUAUUGUUCAUCAAAAUUACUACACGAUCCAAGACAUUUUUUGUGAUGGUGUCCAAGUAAAUUUAAACUACAUUCGCUCUGCUCUCCUUUUUUUCGU